CUAAAUCCCUAAGCGUAGUCACUAGGAUAUGCGGCGAAUGUAACUCAAAGAUCACAAAUAACUUCUCAAGAAACCAGCAUCUCUGCUUACUUUAGUUUGUGGUGUUUUAUUUAGUAUGAAUGAGUGUUUGAGUAUGCACUAGAAAGCCAUGUCGUUGUGAAAGGCGCGCAGAAGGUGUGCAGGAGAAGAUUGACAGCUCUGAAGAACGAAUAGUCGUCGCCUGUUUCCCAAUGGCUGAAAACAACUUUCCUCCUCUGCCUAGCUUUAUUCCUCUAAAGCCGUGCUUCCAUCAGGACUUUGAGGAGAUUCCUGACCAGCACCGCACCACCUGCAAGAGACUCUACUACCUGUGGAUCUUGUAUGGUGUGACCCUGCUGGUGAAUUUCUUCGGCUGUAUGGCGUGGAUGUUUGGUGGUGGAGGAGUGACUAACUUUGGCAUGUCAAUCAUAUGGGUUGUUCUCUUCACUCCGUGUUCUUAUGUGUGCUGGUUCCGGCCCAUUUACAACGCCUUCAAGACUGACAGCUCGUUUUACUUCAUGGCUUUCUUCUUUGUCUUUAUGGCACAACUGUUCAUUGCUAUAAUUCAGGCCAUUGGUAUUCCAGGAUGGGGUGUUUGCGGCUGGUUGGGCACCAUCUCCUUCUUUGGCACGAGUAUCUUUGCCUCCAUCAUUAUGCUAAUCCCCACGAUCAUGUUCACUGCAGUCGCUGCCAUUUCAUUUAUCGCGCUCACGAAGGUCCAUAACUUCUACCGAGGCAGUGGAGGCAGCAUGAGUAAAGCGCAGGAGGAGUGGGUGUCUGGCGCCUGGAAAAACCCUCACGUUCAGCAGGCAGCGCAGCAGGCAGCUAUGGGCGCAGCGACCGGGGCCAUGCAGGGCCCGCAGACACCGCAGUACUCCACACCCUCCUACGACAACACCAUGUAAAACACCACCAAACAAUGAAUAAUCAAUAGAUCCAGGCCGGGCGGGAAACCUGUUGUUGAUCGUGACGUGAUGUAGCUGGAAUAUGAGGUGGAACGAACCAAGUGAUGAUUCAGAUUUUUUGUUUUUUAAUUUAAUUGUGUGUCUUUGUUUUGAGUUUUGUGUAUAUUUUUGCUGUUAUGUGACAGUAUUAAAUUAGAAAUGAGUUUAUGAUUUGAUAAGAUUUGCAAUCAAGGAAAAGCUGGAAAUACCAGGAAAUUGUAAAAUUUUGUGUAUUUUUUAUAAAAUAUAUAAAACAUACAAGGGAAUUUAAUAUAUAUAUAUAUAUAUAUAUAAACCAUCCUGGAAAUUGAAAAAAUAUUAAUAUUUCUAAAAUAUGAAUUCAGCUAGAAAUUGUGAACACAUUUGUCUAUAAAAUCAUUUUUAAACAUUUUAAAGAUGCACAUUUUUUAUAGUGAAUAUAUUUUUGCUAGUUAUUCUACACUAAAAAAUGCUGGGUUAAAACAACCCAAGUUGGGUUAAAAAUGGACAAACCCAGUGAUUGGGUUGUUUUAACCCAGCAGUUGGGUUAAAUGUUUGCCCAACGUGCUGGGUAGUUUUAUUUAACCCAACUAUUGUUUAAAAAUUACUGUAUUGUUUAAAACGAACCCAAAGUAUGUUCGAAAUUAACAUUUAUUAAUGUUUAAUGAAUAAUAAUUAAACAAUAAACAUUUAUUAAAUUGCUUAUUAAUAAAUGUUCACCUUUUGAUUAUUAUUGUUGCCUCUAGUAAUUAUGUGUCUGAUUUUUAAUUUCCAACAUAUUUUGGGUUCAUUUUAAGCCAGACCUACAGUAAUUUUUAAACAAUAGGUGAGUUAAAUAAAACUACCCAGCACGUUGGGCAAACAUUUAACUCAACCGCUGGGUCAAAAUAACCCAACCACUGGGUUUGUACAUUUUCAACCAAACUUGGAUUGUUUUUGACCCAUAAUUUUUUAGAGUGUAAAUUAUUUAAUCUGCUAGAAACUGCUCAGGUGAGUGUAAUAUGAAAUGACUUAUAAAAAUAUUUAUUUAGUAAUCAUAAAUGACUAGUAGACAGGUUUCUCUAUUCAUUAAUUAAUUUGACAUAUUUUGUUUUAAUUUCAGAUAUACUGACUGUGUGUAUAAUGUGUAGAAAAUGUUUUGUCAGGUUAGUGAAACAUGGUUUGUGAGUAUAAAUGCAUUACAUUUAUUGAAGAACACAGAGACAGAUUCCUUUAAUAUAUACAUGAAAAGGGAAUUGUGUAACUCUUUACUAUUUUUGAAGAAAUUAUAGGCAUUUUUUUUCCAUGUGAUAUAAAAUUAGUAUUACAGAUUCUUGACUGUAAUGAAUUUAAAUAAAGCACCAGCAUCUAAAUGAACCAAUAAAUACAAGUAAACCUC